AUGACGCGCUGCAUCAUUGGAGCGGCUGUUGCCAUUGUGAUUGGCCUGAGCUAUGUCCAGUCGGAGGAGCGGAACAAAUGGACAACGGCAAGUGAUCUUGACUGGCUGCAACAAUUGAACUACAGCCACGAGCUGCACAAUGUGACCACCGUCGAUGGCUACCAGCUGCAGUUGCAGCGUCUGCCACAAGUUGGGGCACGUCCCGUGCUGCUGGUGCACGGACUGUUGGGCUCAUCUCUGGGUUGGGUUUGCCUGGGACCAGAGAAGAGUUUAGCAUUUCAGUUGCAUCAACGGAAUUACGAUGUGUGGCUAGCGAAUCUGCGUGGCAUGUCGCCCUAUGGCAGACAUCACCUCGAGCUCACCGACGUCAUGACUGAAUUCUGGCACUAUAGUUUUCACGAGCAUGGCGCAUAUGAUUUACCCGCUAUAAUUGACCACAUUGUGAAGCUUACAACCCGCAAGGGACUCCACAAAGAGGGUGAAGUAGGAGAGGAGGCAAGUCAGCAAUCGCUGGAAGCACAGCGAGUUUUACUAAUUGGACAUUCGCAGGCUUUCAAUGCUUUCCUCGUGUUGUGCUCGUUGCAUCCGCGCUUCAAUCAACACAUCCUCCUCAUGCAGGCGAUGGCACCUCUUGCUCGGCUCCAUCGUCAGGUGCGUUUCGAUCACACACACGUGCGUGCCAUAAUGAAAUUUGUCAAGAAACGACAAAAGGCGAAUAAAUUGGAAUUAUUUCCACCCGGUGAGUUGCGAAAGAUGUGUCGCAAAAAGAAGGAACUUUGUGAAUAUUAUACAAAGAAUUUGGUCGGUAGUUCGCAAAGUAAUAAAAAGUUACUUGAUAUCUUCAACUAUGAUUAUCUGCUGCAGGGAGGAUCCGCUCGAGAAUUGCAGCAUUUACAGCAGAUCUGGAAAUCGGGAGACUUUAUUGCCUAUGAUUAUGGACCGAUUGAGAAUGUGCAAAUCUAUCAUGGCAUCGAGGCAUUGUCCUAUAAUCUUACCCUGAUCACUGUACCGAUAAUACUGUACUUUGGGGAGACAGACGCCAUUGCCACGCCCCAGGGCGUACAUGAUAUAUAUGCAAGAAUGCUGAGUUCAGUGCGUAGUGUACGUCGAAUUGCAUCCGCAAAGUUCAAUCAUUUUGAUUUCCUGCUUUCUUCAGAGGUCAAGUCGCUGGUUAAUGACAAACUGAUCGAGUUAAUGGAAAAGUUUCUUAAGGGCAAAUUACCGUACGUAAUUGAAUAAGGUAGAGGAGCAGCGGUUGGUGUUGGUGGUGCUAACUAAGUAAUUGGGUUCCCCAAAGCUCACAUCAAAGGCACCCAUUGAAGCUCAUUAAAAGUGCGAGGCAGGCGAAAUGUUUUAUUUGUCUUGGCAGCCGGCCAAAUGGCAAUUAUGUAAUCGGAUUGCCGUUGGCCAAACCA